UGGGUAGUUUUUUAUAAAACCACAAUCCCCGCGAUUUCCCAGCUCCUUGGAAUCUGAUCAGCAUGGUUCAUUCAAUUCAAGACAACUUGUUCAUCUGAAAGUUGAGAUUUACAAGUCAAAAAUUUCAAAAUCGUCUUUUCUUCCCCUUCCCAAAGAAGCGGUGUUAAAACUUUGGGAGAAGGCAUCAUAGACAUGAUGGAUUCCGCAGCUGUAGGGCGCAGCCCCAGCACCGAAAAACUCUCAUCCAGAAAGGCUUCAGUGGGUGUAGCAUCCAGUCAGUCUGUAGAGGCUGCCAGCGGCAAAGAUGAAGAAGCAGCGGAUGGAAGUUUUAAGAGCUUCGUCAGGAUAUUCACCUUUGCGAGGCGUAUCGACUACAUCACACUAUCAGCAGCGCUCCUGGCGUCGUUCGUAUCCGGAACUGCUAUGGCCAUGACGAACCUCGUCCUGGGCCAAUUCGUCAACAUCCUUGGAGAUUUCACCACGGGAGCAUCCUCUCCAGAGCAUUUCAGGGCCGUUACGGGCGAGUACGCAUUGCGCUUCGUCUACAUCGGAAUCGCCCGCCUGGUCGGGGUUUACCUAUACGCCACGCUGUCGACCUAUGCCGCAUACCAUACCACGCGGAACCUUCGCCACGCGUACCUGCGCGCGGCGCUGUCUCAAGAGGUGGCAUUCUUCGACCGCGGCACCGCCGGGUCCAUCUCUGCGCAGGCCACCUCCAAUGGCAAGCUCAUCCAGUCGGGCAUCGCCGAGAAGCUCGGCACGGUGUUCCAGGCGCUGGCCACUUUUGUUGCAUCAUUCAUCAUCGCCUUCAUCGCCAACUGGAAGCUGACAUUGAUUUUAACAUGCAUUGCUCCGGCUCUGCUCAUCGUCAUGGGAAUCGUGGCCGGCGCGGAUAGCAAGGUCGAGGCCCAGAUGUUGAAGGUACAGGCCCAAGGGGCAAGUUUUGCAGAGACCAUCCUCUCGAGCGCCCGAAACGUGCACGCCUUCAGCCUUCGUGCUCGUUUGAUGCAUCGGUUCGACGAAUACCUCGGAAAAGCCCACCGUCUAGGCAAUAAGAAAAACGCCAUUUAUGGAGCGUUUUUCAGCGCCGAGUAUACGAUUGUCUAUUUGGGUCUUGGUCUGGCCUUUUGGCAGGGACUGAACUUGGUUGCCAGAGGCGAUGUCCCCAACGUUGGGGUGGUCUUUACCGUGAUGAUGUGUGUCAUUACUGGUACAAUCUCAAUCACCGCUGUUGCUCCCUCAACAAUAGCUUUCACCAGGGCCGCUUCGGGAGCCGCUGAGCUGUUUCGGCUUAUCGACCGGACCUCGGAAAUCGACCCCUUUGACAAGUCUGGCGAGAGGCCAACAGAAAUUGAAGGUUCCCUCGAGUUUGACGGUGUAACAUUCGCGUAUCCGACUCGUCCUGGUAUCAAUGUGUUGAAGGACUUUUCCUUGCACAUUCCGGCUGGAAAGGUGACAGCUUUGGUGGGCAUGAGUGGCUCGGGCAAGUCUACUUGCAUCGGCCUCAUCGAGAGAUGGUAUAACCCAGCCACCGGAGCCGUCAAACUCGACGGCCGGCCCAUCAACGAACUCAACCUGAACUGGCUGCGCACAAAUGUCCGGUUGGUUCAGCAAGAACCUGUGCUCUUCAACGGAACCGUCUUUGAAAACAUUGCAAACGGACUGGUAGGAACGCCACUGGAGAAAGCAUCACCGGCAGAGCAAAAAGAGAGCAUCGAGAGGGCGGCCGCGACGGCCUUUGCACACGAUUUCAUCAUGACCCUGCCAGAGGGCUACCAGACGCGCAUCGGAGAGCGUGGUGGUCUUCUUUCCGGUGGCCAGAAGCAAAGGAUCGCGAUUGCCAGGAGUAUCGUCUCGGACCCUAGGAUCCUGCUGCUCGACGAAGCGACGAGCGCGCUCGACCCGCACGCAGAAGGCAUAGUACAGCAAGCUCUCGACAACGCAUCGCGCGAGCGUACCACGGUGGUCAUCGCCCACAAGCUUGCCACCAUUCGCGGGGCGGACAACAUUGUGGUCAUGGCCAAGGGCGAGAUCGUUGAGCAGGGUACCCACGACGAGCUGUUGGCCCGCGGCGAGGCCGGCGCGUAUUUCCGCAUGGUGCAGGCGCAGAGGCUUUCCAAGAUGUCGGACGCGUCGGAAGAUGAUGAUGGUGGGGCGGAGGGUGCUACCGGAAAAUCUAUAGUCAGUUCUGACUACGAGGAAAAGAAACAAGCUGAUGUUGUUGAGGAUGAUGCCGUGAUGGAUGAUGUGACGCAGAUGCAGUCCGUCGUCAGGUUCAAGACAACCGAGCGCGAGCAUGCCACGGCUUUGCAGAACCGCGAGGAUUUUGAGCUGUACCCACGCUCUGGUUUUGUCCGCACGGUUAUCAAGCUGAUCGCUGACAGUCCAGAGCUGAAGUGGGUGUAUACUGUGGCGCUCAUAACAUGCAUCAGCGGAGGCUCCCUUAUUAUUGUCCAAGCUAUUAUCCUGGCUAUGGCACUCGAUGUAUUCAACGCCAAAGACCUGACAGCGGCCUUGCCACGUGGAAACUUCCUCGCCUCGAUGUUUGUAGCUCUCGCCGCGGCAAGUUUCUUGUCGUGGUUCGGGAACGGCUUCACCACCAACAUCAUAGCACAAACCCUCAGCCGCAAGGUCAGACGCACACUACUCGACGGCUACCUACGACAAGACUUGCAAUUCUUCGACCGGGAUGAGAACACCGUUGGAGCCCUGACGGCCCGGCUCGACUCGCACCCGCAAUCGGUCCUCGAGCUCAUGGGGUUCAACCUCGGCAUCAUGCUGAGCGCGGUGGUCAGCGUCGUCGGGUCGUCGAUCCUGGCCAUCGCGGUAUCGUGGAAGCUGGGCCUGGUCGGCGUGUUUGCGGGCCUGCCUCCGCUGCUGGUGGCGGGCUGGCUGCGCAUCCGGCUCGAGUCCAGGAUGGACAACACGGCAGACGCUAGGUUUUCCAACAGCGCAUCGCUGGCUUCCGAAUCCAUCAUGGCCAUACGCACGAUUUCUUCUCUUGCGACCGAGGAGGCAGUGCUCCAAAAGUACACGGCUGAGCUGGACAGGGCUACGUCGUCGUUGAAGAGGCCAUUGCUUUUCGUCAUGAUAUGGUUCGCUUUCACCCAAGCAGCAGAGUAUUUUGUACUUGCGCUUGGCUUUUGGUAUGGUGCCCGCCUCAUGUCCUUUGGUGAGGCGACAUUCUACCAAUUCUUCGUCGCCUUUAUUGGAGUCUUCUUUGCUGGCCAACAAGCCGGUAUCUUAUUUAGUUUCUCCAGCAGUUUCACCAAAGCUCUACACGCAGCCAACUACUACUUUUGGAUCAAGAACCUCGAGCCGACAAUCCGUGAAACCAAGGAAAACCGCAACAGCGGACCAAAGGACAAGGUCAGCUCGAUCGAGCUCGACCAAGUCAAGUUCGCUUACCCACUUAGGCCAGACAACAAAAUCCUCCGAGGCGUAUCACUGGAGGUGAAGCCAGGUUCUUUUGUAGCCCUGGUCGGCGCAUCCGGCUGCGGUAAAUCCACAGCCAUGGCCCUCCUGGAGAGGUUCUACGACCCAUCAAAGGGCAAAAUAAUCAUCGACGGCGCGGACGAGCUGCGCGAGCUCAACCCCAGGCUGUACAGACAACACGUCUCUCUGGUGCAGCAAGAGCCCACGCUGUACCCGGGCUCGAUCCGGGACAACGUGGCGUACGGUGUGGACGUGGCCGACGACCAACUAGCGCAGGGCAACCAUGACAGCGGCCCCAACGCAGUGUCGGACGAACAAAUCGAGGCGGCGCUGCGGGCGGCCAACGCAUGGGACUUUGUGUGCUCGCUGCCCGAGGGCACGGCCACGGUGUGCGGCACGUCGGGCAGCCAGCUGUCGGGCGGCCAGCGGCAGCGCAUCGCCAUCGCGCGCGCCCUCGUCCGCGACCCGCGCGUGCUCCUGCUCGACGAGGCCACCAGCGCGCUCGACACCGAGUCGGAGAAGGUGGUGCAGGCGGCCCUGGCCGAGGCGGCGCGGGCCGGCGGCCGCAUCACCGUCGCCGUGGCGCACCGUCUCUCCACCGUGCGCGACGCCGACCUCAUUUGCGUCUUUUACGCCGGAAGGAUCGCCGAGGCCGGCACGCACGAGGAGCUGUUGGCAAAGGGAGGGAUGUAUACCAAGAUGUGUGAGGCGCAGAGCCUUGAUCGGAAGGCUUGA